GUUAUAUAAAUUUUAUUCUUGUUUUGUGAUUUGGGUACUUCGAUAAAACGGUAUAAAAUUUAGUUGUGAUGCAACUAUUUAUCAAAAUAUAAACUUUGAUUUUUUUCACUGUGGAUCUGAACAUCCACUGUUUGAAAUAGCUGUAAGUUCUUGUUCAUUGGUGAAAGGGAAACCUUGCUGUACAGAAUAAUGGCCAAGUCUGCAAAGUCUGUUACAGACGUAUUACUUCAGAAAAACAUACUGCACUGUGCAAUAUGCAAAAACUUACUUUUGUCAACGCCAGUAAUGCUAGUAGAAAAUGCAGGAAACCUUUGUUCAACUUGCUAUAAUGAAAACUUUCUGGAAAGCAAAUGUUUACAAAACACAGCUUUGGAGGAACUAGUUACUACCCUGAGCUAUCCCUGUCGCUUUAGAGAAAAUGGUUGUGAACAUUGGAGUUCAAGCGGAGACCUAUUAGAUCAUGAAGAAAACUGUAGAUAUCGCUCAAAAAAGUGUCCCAUGUAUUCUAUAUGUCAGUGCGUAUGGGAAGGAUUCCCAACUGAAUUUGUUGGACAUUUUAUAAAUUGUCAUGGGGAGCAUAUAAUAAACUUUGAGAACAGUUUAUUUUAUUUAGAUAUUACUUUCAGUGAAGAAGAGUUGAUUAAACUGCUAGUGAUGAAGAAUAUAAUACUCCUUUUAAAAAUGCAACUUAGUUUAGAAAAAAACAAGCUCUUCUAUGUUGUUUGUAAUGUUAAAGAUGAUGGCAGCAACUAUGAUUAUUCUGUAAAACAUAAGGGAAAUAGUGAAAGCUAUAUUAAGACACGCUCUCGAGUUUUAGACUCUAACUAUGUUUAUAAGUCAGUAGAUGAGUGUGAUGCUGUAAGUGUUGAUUUACUUUCGUUACAACAAACUGUUAAAGUAACAAACAGGAUCACAAAUAUUUUUAAAAUAAAAACAUAUGAUACACCAGUUCAUUAUAUAGGGGAGAGAAUGUUACACUUUUUUGAAUGUCCUGUUUGCAAAAGCUUUAUGAAACCUCCUAUUUAUCAGUGCCAAUCAGGUCACAGCAUUUGUAAUACAUGCAAACCUCGAUUGGAGAAGUGUCCUACAUGUAGAGCACCUUUUGGAAUGACAAGAAACUAUUCCUUGGAAGGUUUAACAGCAGGUGUAUCGUAUCCAUGUAUUUAUCAUGACUUGGGUUGUAUGAUGUCAUUAUCUCCAGCAGAAAUAAGUAGGCACGAAGCUGUAUGCCCAUACAAACCUUACAAUUGUCCUCUGCCUCAAUGCACAAUGUCAGGAAGUCAUGAUAUUAUCACAAAUCAUUUACAGGAAUUUCAUUCUGAUCAUGUUGUUGUUUCUGAUUCACAUGGCUAUGCCGAGUCCUUUAGAUUGGAGCAGCAUUCUUUGUACAACCAUAUUUUUGAUAGGAAGGUUUUGCUAGCCUUUGAUCAUAUAUUCAGAUUGACUUGCAAACGUGUCAGCGACUAUUGUAUGUGGGCGGCCGAAGCCAUUGGCGUACAGAGUGAGCUAAAAAACUUUGUUUACGAAGUCAGUAUCAUCGACGUACGUCGCCCAGAAAAACGGCUGAUAAGAACCGACUAUUGUCUCAAUGAAAUGCCUGAAGAGGACCUUUUUAAGAAAUGCAUCAUGUUUCCAAAUAGCAUCCUAUCAUCAUAUUCUAGCCAUGGCAUGGUAUCAUAUCAUUUUAAAAUCAAGAAAGGGGUUUAAAAUGUGAAGAACUUUAUCUCAGAUUAAUAUUGUGAUGUUUUUAAUUAUUGUUAAAAUGUAUUUCUUGCCCACCAUAGCUCUUAACACUUUGCUUUAGUAAUCGUGGCAUAGUCAAAGGACUGUAUAAACUAAAAUAGUGAUAUAUAAAUAUUUACGAUGUAUAUGGUAAUUUUCAACGACAUCUCGGUAAUUUUAGUACAUAGUAAAAGUUGAUUUUUGUCCAUUAUUUCUUUUUCAAUUUUGAUAAAACGCAAAAUUGACAAGUGUAUCAUUUAAGACUGUUUAACCUUAUUUUAAUGUAAUUCUGAACGUAUAUGAAUUAGGUUAUACAGGGUGUUUCAAAACAAAUGCGAAAAACUUCAGGGGGUGAUUCCUUGUUCAAAAUAAAGGG